GAGAGAGGGAAGAGAGAACCACCACCACCCACCACAACCACCACCCACCACAACCACCACCCACCACAACAACCACCACCCACCACCACCACUCACCACCACCACACCACCACCCACCACAACCACUCACCACCACCACUCACCACCACCACCACCACCCGGGCGCGCUUAGGGCUGCUACCGCCGGGGUCUCCUCGCCACCCCGCUGAGCCGGCCCACCGCGUCGUGGGGCUGCAAUGCGAGAGUCGCGGCUCUCCUCAGUGGCUCGCGAGUCGCCGCGGCUCCCCGCGUGAGAUCCCCCCAGUCGAGACGAGAGGCGGCGGUGGCGCCAUGGAGUGGUUGUGGGCCCACGUCUCGGCCACGUUGGGGUCGCUGCGCCGCUUCUGCCGCAAGUGCAGCGAAGUCUGCGGCCUCGGCUCGGCCGAGCGGUCGCCGCUCUCCGCCGGCGGGCCCACGGAGUGCUCGUCCGUGUCGUCCACCCCGGGGGAGGACUACCUCCUGCGCAAGCUGCCCACGGGGGGGCAGCCCGUGCGCUUCGCGCUGCCCCGGCUGAUGCCCAGCCUCGUGCAGCCCAAGGCCCUGGAGACCGCGGGCGGCGCGGACGAAGCGAGCAAAGCCUUCUCGAGGGAACUCUUCACGCAGAGGAAGUCGACGCUCAGCGCCGGCGAGCGAAGCGCCGCCGGCUCCCCCGAACGGCGCUCGCUCGCCGGCUCCGCCGACGCCGCCGCCGCCCCCCCGCGCCACUACCCCGAGCCAGUGCCCAACGGGGGACACGUGCCGGUGACGCGCGCCCACACGCUCGACUCGUCGCGCUCCGCCAGCCCCUUCACGCUCUACGGCUCCGAGUGGGACCUGCGGAGCGCCAGCCUCGGCCGCCUGCACGGCCACGUGGACUCGGAGGUGAGCAACGCCGCUGGGGCGCACCACGUGAUGCCUGGGGGCAGCUCGGUUUACUCGUCUCUCUCCAGCAUCCCGAGCAGCAUCUCGGUCUGCAGCGACCACUGCAGCAACUCAGACAGCCCAUCCUUGGAUGAAACCGAAGGAGGCCAUCUCAAUGUGCGCAUCCGCUACGAGCCGAGCAUGCAGCAGCUCUGGGUCACCAUCGUCAAGGCCGUGGACCUGGAGGCGCAGACGAGGUCGGGAGACGGGCCGAGUGCGUACGUGAAGGGCGUCCUCAACGCCGACAAGACGUGGCCGCUCAAGACCACGACGCAGCGGCACACCUGCGCGCCCGAGUUCAACGAGACGUUCGUCUUCGUGGUGGCGGAGCCCGCGAUGGCGACGGCCAACCUGCAGCUCUCCGUGCUCAGCCGCUGGCCGCACCGCGCCAUGCUGGGCGGGACGACGCUCGCGCUCGAACAGGCCGGCCCGCAGGAGCAGGACCUGUGGCUCCCGCUGAGCGAGCAGGAGCUGGGACAGUACGAGCGAGGGCAGCUGUUCGUGGCCACGUCCCUCAAGCUGUCCACCAUGGCCAUCACCAUCCAGGUCAUCGAGGCGCGCAAGCUGAAGAGAUCCACUGGAGCCCACCCAGCCAACGCCUUCGUGAAGGCCGACAUGUGGGUGUCGGCGGAGCGCACGGAGCGGCGGCGCACGCGCGUGGCGCGCGCCUCCAAGGGCGACGCCAGCUGGGUGGAGACGCUCUCGUUCCCGGCCACCAACCGCGAGAACAAGUUCCUGGGCGUCUCCGUGGCGGUGCGCGUGUGCCACCGCGACUCGCUACGACGCACGCACGUCCUGGGACAGGUCAUGCUGGGCUGGGAGGGUGAGGGCUCGGCGCAGGAGCACUGGAGGCAGACGCUGACGAACCCUGACAAGGUCAUCGCCAUGUGGCACCAACUCAAGUGACCCCCAGGGCAGCGGCGCCACUCGCCCAGCCUCGCUCAACACUGCUUUACUCGCUCCCUCCACUCGCUCUCUCCACUCGCUCUCUCCACUCGCUCUCUCCACUCGCUCUCUCCACUCGCUCUCUCCACUCGCUCUCUCCACUCGCUCUCUCCUUCCACUCGCUCCCUCCACUCACUCCUUCCACUCACUCCCACCGCUCCCUCCACUCACUCGCUCUUUCCACUCACUCCUUCCCAUCGCUCCCACCACUCACUCCCACCACUCACUCGCUCCACUCACUCGCUCCACUCACUCACUCACUCACUCGCUCCCUCCACUCGCUCUCUCCUUCCACUCGCUCCCUCCACUCACUCGCUCUCUCCACUCACUCCUUCCACUCACUCCCACCGCUCCCUCCACUCGCUCCUUCCCAUCGCUCCCACCACUCACUCCCACCACUCACUCGCUCCACUCACUCACUCACUCACUCGCUCCCUCCACUCGCUCUCUCCGUCCACUCGCUCUCUCCUUCCACUCACUCCACUCACUCACUCCCUCCACUCACUCCCGUUGCUCCCUCCCAUCGCUCCCUCCACUCGUUCCCUCCCAUCGCUCCCUCCACUCACUCACUCCACUCACUCCUCCACUCACUCCUCCACUCACUCCACUCACUCCUCCACUCACUCACUCCACUCACUCCCUCCCAUCGCUCCCUCCACUCACUCCCACCACUCAUUCCCACCACUCACUCCCACCACUCACUCCCUCCUCUCGCUCCCUUCUUCCACUCACUCGCUCCACUCCCUCCACUCCCUCCCAUCGCUCCCUCCGCUCGCUCUCCACCUUCAGCAGCCCUCGCUCCCUGCCCACGCCCCUCCUCCCUCUUCCCUCUUCCCCUCCCUCUCUUCUUCCUCCUCCUCCCUGCUGCUCUUCGUCUUCUUGCUCCGCCACGGGCCGCUCUCUCUCUUCUCCGCUCAGCUUCUUAAAAUCCUCGGCCUGCACGCUCUGACGGGGCCUGAGGUCCAAUCCCGGCGAGAACGAGAGCGCCAAGUCACCGGUGGCUACCCCACGGAGCUCCCAACCCCAACCACCACUGCGACGUGGAGCUUCCACCACUGGCCGUGCGGGACAAGCUGGUGCGGACGUGAGAGCGGCGUCCAUGGCAAGGGACGCGGAGGAGGUCGAGCGGGUCGAGCGGGACGAGCGGGACGAGUGGGACGGGCGAGGGCGCCCACGUAACCCCGGCGACCGCCGAGCUGCGAACCGGACGGCGCCGUGAGCCACCGGAGUCGCGUUGGCUCCGCGCUCCUCACCCGCCGCCGCUCGGUCAGAGUGUGGGGGGGGGGGGGGGUGCCCGCUACGACGGCGCCAUUCCGCCGAUUCCAUCGCCAACGAGCAACCGACGUCGCCGCCACCGCCGCUGCUCGGAGAGUGGAGCGCCCGGAGGUUGGCGUACCGCGCGCACGGACGGCGCGGGGGCCAGGGGCCCGCUCGCGGACACCCCGGCUGGAUUUAGGGGCGGUCGCCACCACCACGCCCGAGGCCGCCGCCGCCGCGGUGAACUCUCCGUUCCGUGUGCGCUGGAAGCACCGGCGCCGACUGGACUACUACCGGCCUUCUUGGAACUUCAUACGAAUGUGGCCCAUGGAGGCCCGGCCUUGGGUUAGGGGCCGGGUGCGGCCAGGGCGCUGAGCGGCGAGGGCGGCCGGAACUGCGUCUGUGGCUGUGGACAGAGAUUUGUUACUCGCUUAGAAGUUUGUUUGUUUCCCCCCCCGGGGUCACCGCCUGGCGACCGGAGUUGGUGACACGUGACUGGUAGGGCAGCCGCAGCCCGUAGCGAGAGAGAGAGGGAGAGAGGCAGAGGCUGGAUGUGGUGUGCCGGGUGCGGAAAGAGCUCCCGCGUCGACCCGGCUGGAUGUAAGACCUGGAUGCCGAGAACUUUACUUAUUAGUUGACCGAAUUUCAUUUUAGAAAAAAGUCCACACACCCGCGUCCCGUGAUAAGACGCAAGUAAAUUAGGAAUUACAGAUUUUUGGUUCGAAAAUAAUUAUUAUAAAAUAAUUAUAUUAUUUUAUUUUCUGUCUACGUGAUUUUACCUGAAAGAACCAAGAAUACGAAUUCCUGCUGUCACGAAAGUUUUAAGUCAAAAUGUAGGAAUUACAGGUUUAUGUUUAACUGUAUGAUUUAUAUGAGUGCUGUAUGUAAAUGGUAAGCUAGCGUAUGGACCUUCCGCUUAAAAUGAACGAACAAGGCAGAGCGAUAUAACGACGACGAUGUUGUUGUUGUUUAUGUUGUUGUUUGUUGUUGUUUAUGUUGUUGUUUAUGUUGUUGUUUAUGUUGUUGUUUAUGUUGCAUCGCCGUUCAUGCAAACUGCGCCCUCCCUCACCAAUGCCACGGCGGAGUCUCUGUAUCAGUUGCCCAAGCUCUGCAGUCCUACAUUGGGAUGUUUGGUCAACUCCAUGGGCAGGGAGUGCGACUGACGGACGACACAAGCGGGCUAUAAUAAGCGUUCUUCGACAUCGUAUUGAGGCUUGUAGGCUCUCGCCUCGUUCUGCAUGGGCUUGCUCCGGGUUCACCCGGUUUCGUCCCAUGGCUAAGCUAAAAAAAGCUCACAAUGUCAGCGGAAUUGGCCAAUGCUGACACAUUACCUGCAGAAUUACUCAAUUGCGAUUAAGACAAAGAUCCCCCGUGUAGCCUGUCACAGACUGUCGGGGCAAGUGCUGUGAGCGAGCAGCACCUAUGAAGGCCGGCACCGUGGCACACGAGGGGGUGGGUGGCCAGCGCCACGCCCGGCCGCCUUUGUCUCCCUUAGUGGCUAUAUAUUUACUGCGCCGCACCAGGUACUCAUUUGAGGCUGAGUCGACCUAGGAGCCUCUCGUGAAAAGAGCGCUGAGACUCGGUGAGGCUUCCCCCGGGUAUAAAAGACUCAAUGGAAUACAAUAAUGAUGAUAAUGGUGAAUGAAUUAAAAGUUGAUAACAGGUUUUUCCCCUUUUUUCUGGGGACAAAACAAGUGUUAAGAUAUUAAAACACCAAACUGAAACCAUUUACAAGGAAUCUGCAUUAACCACAACGCUUGUGGUCAGAAUGCAAACUAAAAACAUACUCUGAUAAUAAAUACAUUGUCCUUGAAACUGGAUUGGUCCACACCAGAGAGAGCUUUCUUUUUGUUGCAAGAAAAAUGGGAAAACCCUUUUAUUAUAUCUUCAUUUUAUUAUCAUUUGUUGGUACUGGCAAAGGAGGUCCCAUGAUGUAAAAUAAAAGUUAUAAAAGAUGA